UGGUAGUACACAAAGCAACACACACCGAUCCCAUUCCAACGGUCACUUUUUAUGUUUCUUUGCCUUUUGCUGCUUAAAAUAAGACCACCAUUCCCUUUCGCUUUUUAUCUUUUAAUCACUAACAGCACAAAAGCUAAAGAAAGCUUUGAAGAAGGAAGAAACAUUAUUAGCUUAAUCGUCAUAAUGAGUCAUUGCAACACAAAAGUGGUGGAGUAUUUGGAGCCAUUAAUGUCGAAAGAGCUUCUCUGCAAGUUUCCAGACAAUUCUGCUUUCGAUUUCGACUAUUCUCAGAGCUCAAUAUGGUCCCCUUUGGUCCCUCGAGCUUACAGUCACGUAGAUUUGGACUCCGAUUCGGAUUUCGCUUCGCCCAGAAAUCUUAAUCUCGAGAUGGGUUUUGAAUUAGGCAGCCCAACUUGCAGUUUCCAGAAAGUUGCUUCGAAGAAGAAGAUGACGACGGGUUUUGCUUUAAAUCUCAGCGCUUUGAAGAGCAAGACGAAGAACAAGAACAACAUUAAGAAGAAGUUGGUUUCUGAUUUCUCUUCAACUCCUUCGUUUAAGGGUACUUGCAAUCCCCUUACCAAAAAGGUUUGGAAUAAGGUGCUUAAAGCUGCAUCCAAACACUUCAAGAAAAAGAAGAAAGAUUCCACUGCCCAUGUGAGGCUGUUCAACUACAUUAGAAAGGAAAACAUUUGUUAGUGUUAAGUACUCUCGUGUUAAUUCAUUUCAUUUUACUAUUCUUUCAUGUACUGCUUGUAAUAAUCCUAUUCUUUUAUUUUUUUAAAAAAAAUUACCCCAUGUACUUACUUGUUCCUUUCCGGAAGAACUGAUAUUUACUGCUACUAUUCUGAUUCCGGAAGAACUGAGAUUUAUUGCUACUAUUCUGAGAUUUAUAGCUUAUUAGUUUUUCAUUUUAGGGAUUA